GGGUGGGUAGGUCAAUGGGGAGAAGCAGGCUGAUGGGGCUUCACUGAGGAAUGGGGAGUGGCCAUUUCCCAGUCCCAGUCCAGGGGGAUUCGUGCCCUUUAGAGAAACAGGCAAGGGGUAAAGUGAUCGGAGGUGGUAAGCAUUGCUGUGAGGCCAGGCUCCCCGGGGUGGGGGUGGCCAGGCAGGAUUGGGACUCCCCUUCAAACCAGUAGCGCCUGUGGGAAGGCUCCUCACCAGAGCUCACAAACUGGACAGUUGUCCUCCCCACUCCGGAUGAAUCUGUUCCCUUCCCCAAUGAAAUCUGAAGGAUCAGCAAGUGGCCCUUCCAGUGCGUCUUCCCCACGCCUCCCCAAAUAGCAGGCCGGUGCCUCUAGGCCUGUCCAGUCAGACACUGCCCACAUACAGCCUGACCAGAUAGUGGUAAAUGGUUGAUCCUGCCACAAUGGUCAGAUGCAGUGGGCCUGUCCAGGCAGACAGGCCAACACUCAACUCACAGGUGGGCUACCAGGCCUGCUGCUGUACCACAGGACUACGCCCCACCCUGCACAUCAAGCAUGAAGGGAGACUGUGAGGUCAGGGCAGUGCUCCAAGAAGGAAGAACAGUUUUUCCUGGGACAAGUGGGCCAGGUGGCAUUCCCCAGCAGUUAAUAGGAAUGUCCCCACCUUCAGCUCUGUGUCACAUUCUGCCUUAGUUAGAAUAUCACCCCCAGGAACGCCAGGUGGCACAGGUCCCAGGGUAUACAUAGCAGAGCCUGACUCCAGCAUUCUCAGGCAGGUAUGGCUUCCAACCCAGUGUAGCCCAAGGCCAGUGCCCCAUCCUGUCAGCACUCCUGGCCACACCUUGGGGUGCACUCUUCCCCCUAGGCAGAGCCACUUCCCCACGUGGGACUGGCAUCCAGUAACCUGUGUGCUAAGCAGGGCAGGAGUCUGCCCCAUCCCCAGACAGGAGCAGUGGGGACAGGGUGAGCGGUUCUGGGUGCUCCUGCAGGCCUGGAGGCCACAGUCUCUAAGUAUAUUCAGUGGUCAUGCUGGUCAGCAUCCUAGAGGCUAGCCACCAAGGGGGAGGGUGUGAAGGGCAUGAGACUGAGCCAUGGAAAAGGCUGAUACCAUUCUUAGUGUCUUAGUGAGCAGGAGGAAGGCAGUGACCUAAGGACUUGGAAAGGUCCCAACUGCCAUGGGGCUGGGCUAGGCAAGGACAGGACGGGAGGGUAAUAGCAAAGGGCUGUGGUCCAGGGAGGUGUUCUCCAAGAUGAGACAGGGGCAACAGGUGGGGGGUGCUGGCAAGCAGGAACGAAUUCUAGGGGUCAGAGCACUGGGAAGUCAGUGAAACCCGAAGGAUGGGAAGAGGGGUGGCCCUGGGCAGUGGGUGGGGCCUAGGGCUAUGCCAUCCCAGGAUGAAGUCACAGCCUGGUAUGUCCUGUCAACCCUCCUGGCUGUGCUGUAUGGUGGAGGUGAUGGCUGGAGAGGCACAGUGGCUAGUCCGGGGUCUCCCAGGCGGCAGGCACAGCACUGCCUCGACCAGUGGGCACAGCGCUAGGGACCACAGCAAUAAGAAGGGGCUGCUGAUAGUCCAGCGAGGGUUGUGUUUGUCUAUGAACCAGCCAUCAAGCUGUUAAAAUCUGUUUUUAUGGGAAAGGGCUCAUGAGAGCAGGACCCCUACCAAUAAGGGCAGAAGAAGGGGAACAGGGCUGGGAUUCCUGUGACCUGCUUGGCACUUCUGAUGUCCUUCCAACUAGGGGGUAUCCUAGGCCUGGGAAGGCCUCCAGGUAUGGGCUGAACUCCAGUCCACUGAAGUCUCUGGAAACCCUGUGUGAGGGUAAGGGAGCGGGCCCCAGUGCCCCUGCCCCUCAUUAAGGUGUCUCCUCUCCAGGCCCCUGGCCCCAACAUGGCUCGCCGCUCCCAGAGCUCCUCGCAGGGGGAUAACCCACUGGCGCCUGGGUACCUGCCACCUCACUACAAAGAGUACUACCGCCUGGCGGUGGAUGCGUUGGCAGAGGGUGGACCAGAAGCCUAUAACCGCUUCCUGGCUACAGAGGGGGCACCCGAUUUCCUGUGUCCUGAGGAGCUAGAGCAUGUGAACCGCCACCUUCAGCCCCCACAGCAUGCUGCCCGGGAGCCCCCUGAAGGCAGCCCUCCUGAUGUGGACAUGGAUGGCUCUUCGGGCACAUACUGGCCAGUGAACUCAGACCAGGCAGUUCCUGAGCUUGACCUGGGCUGGCCCCUGACCUUCGGCUUCCAGGGCACUGAAGUCACCACGCUAGUGCAGCCGCCGCCACCUGAUAGCCCCAGCAUCAAGGAUGAGGCUCGAAGGAUGAUCCGCUCUGCCCAGCAGGUGGUGGCUGUGGUGAUGGACAUGUUCACUGAUGUGGACUUGCUCAGCGAAGUGCUGGAGGCUGCUGCACGCAGGGUCCCCGUCUAUAUCCUGCUGGAUGAGAUGAAUGCACAGCACUUUCUGGACAUGGCGGAAAAAUGCCGAGUCAACCUGCAUCACGUGGAUUUCCUGCGUGUGCGCACUGUGGCUGGCCCCACCUAUUAUUGCCGCACUGGGAAGUCUUUCAAGGGCCACGUCAAAGAGAAGUUCCUGCUUGUAGACUGUGCCGUGGUGAUGAGCGGGAGCUACAGCUUCAUGUGGUCCUUCGAGAAGAUCCACCGCAGCCUGGCACACGUGUUCCAGGGAGAGCUGGUCUCCAGCUUCGACGAAGAAUUCCGCAUCCUCUUCGCACAGUCUGAGCCCUUGGUGCCCUCAGCUGGGGCGCUGGCCCGCAUGGACACUUAUGCCCUGGCUCCAUACUCCGGGGCUGGGCCCCUGGUGGGCAUCCCUGGGGCGCCAACCCCUUUCUCCUUCCCUAAACGGGCACACCUGCUGUUCCCUCCGCCCCGCGAAGAAGGCCUGGGUUUCCCCUCCUUCCUGGACCCAGAUCGCCACUUCCUUUCGGCCUUCCGCAGGGAGGAGCUGCCCCGGGUGCCCGGGGGUGCUCUGGAGCCGCAUGCAGGGAUGCGGCCACUGUCGCGACGGCUGGACACGGAAGUAGGGCCCAGCGGGGAGUUCGGGGGCCCGCGGGGCUUCUUCCAGGCCCGGCACCUGGAGAUGGACGCCUUCAAGCGGCACAGCUACGCCGCGGCCGACGGCGCAGGCGCUGUGGAGAACUUCGCGGCUGCGCGGCACGUGUCCCGACAGACGUUCCUCAGUCACGGGGACGACUUCCGCUUCCAGACCAGCCACUUCCACCGUGACCAACUCUACCAGCAGCAUUACCAGUGGGACCCACAGUUCGCACCCACACGUCCGCAGGGCCUGUUCGAGAAGCUUCGCGCUGGCCGCCCGGGCUUGGCUGACCCGGACGACUUGGCGCUGGGCGCUGGGCCGCGCUUCCCCGAGCUCGGCCCCGAGGUGCACCAGCGGCUGGAGUACGUGCCCUCCAGCGCCUCGCGCGAGGUGCGCCACGGCUCGGACCCUGCCUUCAAGCCUGGUCCUGGUGGCCUGGAACCCGGCGGGGCCCUGCGCCCCAACCUGGGCCAGCGUUUCCCAUGCCAGGCGGGGGCGAGGCCAGGCCCAGACGCUGCUCCAGAGGCAGAGCCCGAGCGCAGGCCCGGGCCAGAGGGGCGAGCGGGGCUGCGGCACUGGCGCCUCGCCUCUUACCUCAGCGGGUGCCACGAGGAUGUGGGUGAGGAGGGCCUGCCCACACCCAUGGACGCUGAGGUCUACGAAGAUGACGUGCUGGCUCCUGGGGGCCGGGCGGCCUUCCGUGUCCCUGCUACCUUGCCAGUCAAGGGCCUGUUGCCAGGCUCGGGAAGCGGUGGCGGCGACAGCUCGGAGCGCGAGGGCUCGGAGGAGGCAGGCCUGGUCAAGCAGGACUCAUUCCGCUCACGCCUAAACCCACUCAUCCAGCGCAGCUCCAGGCUACGCUCCUCACUUAUCUUCGCGCAGGCUGAAGGCUCUGGAGGUGCCACAACUGCCACCACUGAGAAGGUGCAGUUGCUGCACAAGGAACAAACGGUCAACGAGACGUUGGGUCCCAAUGGAGAGGCCGUGCGCUCCACCGCCUCUGCUAAAGUGGCCGAGCUGCUGGAGAAGUACAAGGGUCCAGCCGGUGACCCAAGCGGUGGGGGAGGUGCGGUCACUGUCUCCAGCCACAGCAAGGCUGUCGUGUCCCAAGCUUGGCGGGAAGAGGUGACCGCACCAGGCGCAGCAGGGGGCGAGCACCGCAGCCUGGAGAGCUGCUUGCUUGACUUGCGUGAUUCCUUUGCCCAAAGGCUACACCAGGAGGCGGAGCGGCAGCCCGGAGCCGCCUCCCUCACUGCUGCUCAACUUCUUGACACGCUGGGCCGCAGUGGCACUGACCGCCUGCCCUCCCGCUUCCUCUCUGCCCAGGGCCGCUCCACCUCCCCGCAGGGGCGGGACAGCCCCCCUCCAGAAGUGCCUGCUGCACACCAGGUGCCCCUUUCUGAGCCAAAAGGGAGCCCCACCUCAGCCUACCCAGAGCGGAAGGGGAGCCCCACGCCAGGGUUAUCCAAUCGGAGAGGCAGCCCAACUACAGGAUUUAUUGAACAUAAGGGGAGCCCCACCUCGACCUAUCCAGAACACAGAGGUAGCCCGGUACCCCCUGUGCCUGAGCGCAGGAGCAGCCCGGGGCCUCCUGUGCCUGAGCGCAGGGGCAGUCUCACCCUUGCCUCAUCGAGUGAGUCUCCUAAGGCUGGGCCCACAGAGGAGGUGGCUGGAGGCCCCAUGGAAGUCCUGCGCAAAGGCUCCCUCCGCCUCAGGCAGCUGCUGAGCCCCAAGAAUGAGCGUCGCGGAGAGGAUGAGGGCAACUUCCCAGUGCCACAGGAGAAUGGGCAGCCAGAGAGUCCCCGGCGACCAUCCUUGGGCCGAGGUGAUAGUACAGAGGCUACUGCAGGGGAUGAGCGGGGCCCAAGGGCACGGCUGUCCUCUGCCACGGCCAAUGCCUUAUACAGCAGCAACCUCCGAGAUGACACUAAGGCCAUUCUGGAGCAGAUCAGCGCCCACGGUCAGAAGCAUCGUGGGGUUCCAGGCCCAGGCCCAGCCCACAGCAGCCCUGAGCUGGGCCACUCACCAGCUCCUGGAGGCCUGGCCCCAGACAUGUCCGACAAGGACAAAUGUUCAGCCAUCUUCCGGUCAGACAGUCUGGGUGCACAAGGCCGGCUGAGCCGCACCCUACCUGCCAGCGCAGAGGACCGCGACCGCCUGCUGCGCCGCAUGGAAAGCAUGCGCAAGGAGAAGCGCGUCUACAGCCGCUUUGAGGUCUUCUGUAAAAAGGAAGAGGCUGGUGGUUCUGGGGCAGGGGAUGGCCUGGCGGAGGAGGAUGCCAGGGACAGCAAGGUGGGCAAGUUUGUGCCCAAGAUCCUGGGUACAUUCAAGGGCAAGAAGUGAGUGUCCUGGUCCACCAGCCCAGGCCCAGGUGCUUCGUCACUGCCACCCUGCAUCCGCUGGGCAGGGAGCUCCGUGUCCCCAGGUUUGAGUGGCAGCCACCAUCCCUCAUUCCAGAGCAGCCAAGGGGCCGGACUGGACCCACCGGAGCUCAGCUUCCGUGGGUUUCCCUGGCAGCUGCCCUGCCCUGGCCCUGGCCUGCCCUCCCCAGGUGUCAGUCCGCGGCCUGGUGCCUUUUCUCACCAACCCUUGCUCCUCAGCACCCUUCUCUCCUGCUUCUCCCAUCUCCCUGGGCUCAGAUCCCCUCUGGACCUUCACUCACCUCAGGGACCCUUCUCUGUGCCUCUGUCCUGCUUGCAGGGACCCACACUUGUGCCUCAGUCUCCCCGUCUCUAGGGGUCUUUGUCUCCUCAGGGAUUCCGUUUUCAGGGCUCUCAGACCUGUGCCUGAUGCCAGCCACUCCACCCUGCCUCCUCACCCCUGCCCUCCACUGGCUCCCUCCUCCUGUGCCCGUCCUCUUGUGGGGAAGGAAGGGCUGUUGCAGACGGUUUGUAAAGGAAGAGUGUGGUUGGGCCCAAAGGAAGCUUUUCUUGGGAGGCACAGGGCAGGCCUCUGAGAAGGAGGGAUGAAGGGGACCCCAGAGGGGCUGCCCUGCUGCCCAAACUGCAGCUGCCUCAGCCAAGUCUGCCCCUCACACAGUGAAGUCCUGGGUGGCCAGGGGCGACACCAGGAGGCGAGUCCUGGGCUCUGCAGCAUAAUAAAAUGGAGUCUGGACUGACA